AUGUCUACCACUGAUGCAGGGUUUGUACAAUUUCUUCAAAAGCAUAGCUCUCCCAAGAAUCAGCGAGUCACGGCUGGAGGAAAAAUCGUGCCAAUGACGCCACCGACUCCCCAGCUUGAUGGCAAGCCCCGUCUUGAGGGCGUAUCACCCGUGCUGAUGGUCAUGAUGGAUGAAGAUCCUUCUGUUGUUGGGCGUGUCUUUCUUGGCGACAAAGUAGUGGCUGGUGAACAGACAGAUGGACCCUAUGAUCAGCACUGGGACUCCUCUUCUUCAGAUGAGGAUAAUCUCCAUGUGUAUUGCCAGACACCUCAGUCGUUGGCGCCCAUGCACCCUGCUGAUCCUUGGAAUCUCGAUCCACGUAUUGCCCCCCGAAAUCCACACAGUCGUAUUACAGAAGAUGUGCCGCUUCAACAGGCUCCAGGAACCUCGGUGUUUGUUCCAGAUCCAACCCAGCGCCCUUCGAUUCAACUGGGGUUCAGCAGUAGCUCUUUGUCGCAGUUUGAGUCGUACAGCGAUGGACGCAUUGAAAGGUGGUGCGCAUGGGCUUAUGAAAUCCAAGAAGAGGAGACCAUGAUGAAAGGGUUUGUGCUCCGGAGGAGAAAUCUGGAUAUCUGGGUGGGCGUGGAUUUCUAUCGACGAUAUGUUCGGUGUGCAUGGAUCUGUGGCAUCCCAGACAGGGAAGAGGCUGAAACGCGAUUGCGACACAAGUUGAGUCUGCAUGAGCAGUGGCUCGUGGAAAUCAACGGGGCUAUGGCUUUAGACCUUUGUUCUAGGCCUGACGGGCGAUCGCUGCACUAUCGAAUCUACAACACCAACGAGCGGGCGAGAAUCUUGGCCGCUCUCGAAGAGCUUGAUGGCAUCCGGAACAUCCAGGCUGAUCUGGACCGGGCUGGGUACAUAACAUUCGAAAGCAUUGCGAGCACCUUUGGUGAAGAUUUCACCAGACCAACCAUUCAGGAUAACACCAGUGCACCAGAUAUGAGCCCAGAUGCUGGGGUCACCAGCGAUGGUGUAAAUGAUACCUCAUUUGUGAGCCACACGAGAGCCACUGGACCAAUCCGCAUCAUUGAUCCUCACACUGGUUGUCCCAUAGAUCUGAUAGGACUUUCACAGAAGGCGAAGAAGAGAGAUGGUCGUGCCAAUGGCGCUGGCGCGGAUCUUAGUCAAGCAAAUGGUGUUGCUCACGAUGGUAUUGACAAGAUGGCCGGUAUACCGGUUCCGGCUGGAAGCAUAGACCUGUCUCUUGAUAUCGCCCAGUCUUCGGAGCAGAUUGUCAAAGAAUUGACUGACCUUAGUAACGGCGCGUUCCUGGUGGAAAAUGGUCAGCUCACUUUGUGGAUCCCUCAAGAAAUCUUGAAAGACCUGCGUCCAUUGCGAAAGAGGGUAUCCAGCAAGACUGUGCCCCGGAACUUUGGCCGCCCUCGCUAUGGCCCAGGAUUGCAAACUAUCACGGAGGUUGGUCCGGAGUUCUUUUCUCACGAUGACAAUGAGGCUGCUGCUGUUUGGGCAGUGGGUCGUGCCGUUUCAAGCCCUGUGAUCACAAGCAGCGGCAAACGUGGAGAUCAUGACAAUGCUGAGACUGAAUCCCACGAUGAAUGUGAGAUGGGAGUAUUUGCGAUCAUCGAGGAGACUGCGCGAGACAAGAUCAAGUCUGUACGUAACGACGUUUCGACUACGUGUGACCACGCCGACGAGAUUGCGCAUGACAAAGAUAAUGGUGCGAUCAAACCGAGCGACAACGUCAAUGGCGGUAUUCAGGACUACGAGAUGGUUAUGGGAUCUAUCAUGGAAACGUCCGGACUACAGCAAAACCGAUCUAAAUCUAUCAGCAGUCAAACUGUCAUUUUCACGGACACAUUAAGCGCAAGCAGUGUCAACGAGAAUGAGCUGCAAUUCGACUUGGAGGACUUGUCGGACUCGUCAUGCACGUCAGAAAUGCCUUUGCUUUUGAACUCAUACCAUGCACCCCACGUUAGGCCCCGCCUAGCUAUCAAGCCAAGUGACCCCACCGUGCUCUCGUCGCUUCUGAUCAACCUUCACGCUCUCCACACUGCGCCCGCAAUUGCCUUGACCAACAACAUUGAGGUUUACGCAUCCUUUGCCAUGAAUUAG